UUCCCCUUCCUGUCUCUCUGUCAUUUUAUCUCACUGACUCCAACCCACUUUUAUCCUUUAAUAGUCAAGUCAGAGAAGUGCAUCUUUACACAGAUAACCACAGGCGUGGGAUGUAUUUGGAGAUAAACCUGGAUGGGAGAGUCACUGGAAGUGAUACUCAGACACCUUACAGUUUGCUGCAGCUGAAACCAGUUAAACCAGGCCAUGUAGUCAUUAAGGGACCAUCAUCAUCUCUUUUUCUCUGUGUGGACCGAGGAGGCAACCUGAGAGGCCAGAGUCACUACUCAGAAACCAACUGCACCUUCAGAGAACUGCUGCUGGCUGACGGAUACACCCGUUUCAUUUCCUCACACUAUGGAUUUGCUGUGUCGCUGGCAUCAAGACAUUCCCCAGAUCAACACACAGUUCCUUUCACUCGAUUCCUACCACUGAGGAAUAACUUGAAAACAGAUAGUGCAUCUGAACAGUCCCCAAACAAUCAGAGACUUUUCAACAUGGACUCUGAUGACCUUCUUGGAAUGGGUCUAAAUUCUGUGGCCAGUCCUCAGUUUUCUAUGGACAAAUAA